ACGCGCGCGCUAUAUAGAGAAUGCUCAGCUUGGGAAAAUUCGUCAGUCAACCCCGAGCGCGCGCGAAUAAUCGAGCUCUCGCCGCGGCCGCCGCUGCUCCCCGUCUCGCUCGUACUUAUAUAGCUAAGUAACAUCGCGAAAAUCUAUCUCGAUCUAUAUAUGUAAUCGUGGCAAACUCUCGGGCCAGUGCAUCCAGUACUAUAGAUCCACGUAUAUUGUAUAAAAUAGAAAAAGAGCUAGAGCGACCAGUGAGCGGCACCACCACCACCGCUGACGUAUACGGCACACAGCUGGUUUUGUAAAAGUCGCUUAUUGUAUCGCGGGUAUAUGCCUGCUGCAGCGAGCGCGUGUCACGUGCUUCGCUAGCCGAGCUUCGCAGCGCGACUCGAGUGCUAGAUUUUCUUAUUUUUUCCCCUUUUUUCUUUUUCUUUUAUGUUGUUUACGUUUCAAGCUGUCGUCUUCGAGUCAUAAUAGACACAAGAAUAUCGAGGAUUUUUUUUUUCAUUCACGUGCGCGUCGACGAGGUAUUAUAAGUGAAAGUGAGACUCGCGGAAAGGCACGAUAGUUUCGAAAAGCCGGAGCGUAAAGAAAAGACAACAAGCGAGCACGCAGCAGGCAGGCAAGCAGCGAGAUAUAGAGAAGGUCAGCCCGGCUCUCUCUGCGCGCACACACACACACAGUUGCGAAGGAAUCAAUUUGUGCACGCAGGACUCGUGCAUAUAAUAAUACUCGCCAGGCAUCUCCGGCAAAGUGUGCAGAUAUGGCCGACGAGGAGACCAACUACAAACUAAUCUACUUCAACGCGCGUGGCAGGGCCGAGCACAUUCGCUACAUACUCGCCUACGCGGGACUGAAUUACACCGACGAAAGAAUCCCGAAGGAACGAUGGCCCGAAUUGAAAAAAUCCAUGCCAUUCGGACAGCUGCCCGUGCUGGAGAUCAACGGACAAGUGAUAGCGCAGAGCAACGCGAUAGCCCGCUACCUGGCGCGCAAGCACGGACUCACCGGCAGCGACGAGUGGGAAGCCAUGCUCUGCGACGCUCUGGUCGACAGUCUCGGCGAUCUAAAAUUAGAGCUGCUGCAGUUCCAGAAAGAGGACGACCUGUUCAAAAAGGAGGAGAAGAAGGCCAAAUUCGUGAAGGAGACGAUACCAUUUUUCUUGAAUAAAUUCGAGAAGACGAUCGGCAGCAACGGCGGCUUCGCAGUCGGUUCGAGCGUGACCUGGGCCGACUUCGUAUUCGCCGUGGCGCUGGAGAGCUUCGAGCAGAUGUUCGGCGCGACGGCCCUCGAGAAGUAUCCGGCCCUGCGAGGCCUCAAACAACGAGUACACGCCCUGCCCGCGAUAGCCGAGUGGAUCGCGAAGCGGCCGCACACGAGCUUUUAAGAGAGUUUCUGCGCGACUGGGCUUGGUUGUUGAAAUGACAAAAGGAAAACAACACAUAAAUAUAAAUAAAUGAAGAUAAAAAAAAAACGAAGUGAGAAUUUUUGUUUCGUUCGCUGCCGCGAGAGCGUGAUAGAAACGAUGAAUCAACGCAUACAUACUUGUCAAUAAAAAACAAACGAAGCAAACAAAAAAAAAAUUAUAAAUAUACACACAGACAAAUGCAUAUGUAUACAUAUCUAAAAAAAAAAAAAGAAGGAAUACGAGAGAGAAGGUGUAAUCUUUACCUCGCGCGAAUUUCUCAUUAUCGAUAAAAACGCCAACUCGGAAUCUCGGACAGACAGGGAGAGAGAGAGAGAGAGAGAGAGAGAGGGAAAAAAAGCUAAUCAGCCUAAAUGUUCGUCGAAUCGAUUCUAUUUACGUUUCUCCCGCGUUUAAUGCGUGUGGUGCGCGGGCGCCUGAACUUGACGUGUGAUUACUACUGCUACUAGUAACUCAUCUGUAAUUUCUCGAGCUAUUUUAUCCAAGCGAUACGUGAACAAAAAAAAACAAACGAAAACGAAAGAACAAAAGAAAACAAAAAAAAAUAUUACCAACAACUCGCUGGUUGUGAUAUUAAUUUCGCUUCUCUCGAUCGGUAUAUAGCAUCCGUGUAACUCUCCCUUCGCAGCGAAAUGAUAAUAUAAAGCGUAUCGUGUAUCUCUAUCGUUUUCGAACUAUCAGAUGAACCGAGCAAUAAAAGGGAAGAAAAGAAAAAAAAAUUGCCGUAGUAGUUUGCACUUUUUUGUUUUCGCUGCUCGUCGAUUCGUUCGCUUACACGCGUCGGUAUGCACACACAUACACACACUUUUACAUACACGCAACCAAGAGUAUAGCACCUAUAUCAUAAUACACACACACACACACACACACAUACACAGUGCACGCGCACUCGCACACGAACCUACACGCAUAAAUGUUCUCUGCAAAAGUACAAAACAACUGUGAAAGAAUAUAUUUUUUUGAGGAAUGACAAUGCCGAGAUGAUAUUUUUUAUAAUGUAAAAGCUCGUUCCGCAAGUCGGACGAUUUUCCGAAGACGAAGAUGUUGUUCUAUAAAACUGUAUUUAACUGUGUUUUGAAUUAAAACAACGAGAUGUGAAUUACCAAAAAAAUAAAUAUAUAAAUAAAUAAAUAGGGAAAACAAAAACAAGAGCAAAACAGAAACAUUGAAAUCGAUUUUAAUCUGCGUUAUUAUUGUGUGUUAUUCAUUAAAUAAUAAUAAUUAAAAAAAAAACGUUAUAACGCUUCGUUCGGAGUAUACGACUCUUUCAAACUUGCCAUUCGAACAAAAAUGACUUAAGGCAGUGUUCAUCAAUACAUGUAAAACGAUAUUAAUUAUAUAUAGAUGAUAUGUGUAUGUAAACUUGACAAAAAAAACAAGAAAAUCAUGCAAUUAUAUGUGUAUAAAACUUCAUGCGGGCGGGUUCUAUUUUAUUGCUGUGCAACAAAAAAAGUAUAUUAUUAUACGUGUAAUACGAACUCGCGCGACGAGUGGAUCGUUAAACCAAAGAAAAAAGUUUGAAAAAAAAAUGCAAAAAAAAGGAGGGAAAAUAAGAAAUACAUAUUAAUAUAUAUAAUAAAGGAUUGCGUGUGUAGGUGUUCAAAGUUGAAUAUGACAAAUAAAACUUAUGAAUGUGGUCGAA